GGACAGAGUCCUCUGCGUUCAGCUAUAUAUACCAUACAAUUACUCCUCUGUAUAAACAUAACAUCGUCCCCAAACUUACAUAGAAACUACCCUUAAGAGUUCCUGCAUUCAAUAUCCUUCUUCUCUCGCAGAAACACCAAUGGGGAAAGAAAUUUCAGAGCUGUUUCUCCUUCUCCUUUUGAUCUACUCGGGUACUACGGCUUCGGCAGCCAUUCUUUCCUUUGAGAAUCAAUGUGGCUACACGGUGUGGCCCGCAAUUGUCUCCGGAAAUGGUCCCACCCUCAGGGAUGGCGGGUUUUCCUUGGCAGCGGGAAAAUUGGUCCAGCUCAUUGCCGACCCUGGCUGGUCCGGCAGGGUCUGGGCCCGAACUGGGUGCAACUUCGACUCCUCAGGCAACGGUAAAUGCCUCACCGGUGAUUGUGGCUCGCUGAAUUGCAUCGGAGACGGCCAGCCACCUGUCACGUUAGCCCGGUUCAUCAUCGCAUUGGGAACCACCGACAAUAACUUCUACGAUGUCAGCCUGGUCGACGGCUACAACGUCGGCAUCGGCAUCAACGCCACCGGCGGAACAAGUGACUGCCAGUACGCCGGCUGCAUCGCCGACUUGAAUGGCAACUGUCCGCCGGAGUUGCAGGUGGUUAAUGUUUCUGGCUCGGUGGUCGCGUGCAAGAGUGCGUGCGAGGCGUUCAACGCCGCACAGUUUUGUUGCGCUGACGAUUACUCAACGCCGCAAACUUGCUCACGGACUCAGUACUCUGAACACUUCAAAAAAGCAUGUCCGAACGCGUAUAGCUACCCUUACGAUGAUGUUUCAAGCCGUUUCACUUGCUCUGGGUCGAAUUACUUGAUCACGUUUUGCCCAACAGAGUCGUGAGCAUUAUUGACAGAUUUAGGAAGUGCUGCUCUGUUUAUGGUUUUCUUUGGUAUAUAAUUGGGUGGAAGAAUAAUUUAUUGUAAGAAUAUGAUGAUGUCUUUUUUUUCUUGACAAGGGUUUUCAAGAGUAUUUCCCCCACCUCCGAGAUUAGUAAGAAUUUGUUCUUGGAGAUCUGGUGUCAAUAAAAAUAUAUAUAUAUAUAUUUUCUAUUAAAUAAACUCGUAUAAGGUUAGCUUCA